CUGUGUUUUCCUGUCGAUUUAAAUCUUCAGACUGAGUUCAGGUUUGGAAAUCAUAGCGUUAUGAAGCAGACCUGAAAUUUCUCUUCUGAGCCGCAGAAAUAUUUCUAGAAUAAUCUUGCUGUCUUAACCGCAGAUCCAUCAACUGAUCUGUUAGGUGAUCAUCUGCUCGUCGUUUCAGUUGGAAAGGCAGGACAAUGGGGAUGGACGCGUUAAAGCUAAAAGCACUGAUCCGAGUGUUUAGGAGAGAGUGUCACCGGGUUUUGGACUCGGAGAGGACCACAAUACAUGGAGCGGACAGCAUGCUGAUGGUCCUCCAGCUGGCUGCUGCUGAGGUCCAUAAGCAGGAAAAAGGAGAGUUCGGUGUGGCUUUGAGCGACGUGCUGGAGGCUUGGAAAUGCUUGCUUCUGGACAAGCUCCACCUGUCCCGAGACAGCUCCCCGCUCCCGGACAAUUAUGAGCUCAUCCGGAAAGAGUACGAGAGCUUUUUGAAGCGCACCAACACGGUGGAUCUGAUUGAUGUCUAUAACAUGUACCAGGAGCUGAAGCGGGAUGAGGACCCUGAGGAUCUCCUGACCGCGACGCAGAUGUUCGAGUUCCUGAUGUGCAGCGGCACGGAGGACGCAGAAGGAGCCGAGACGAUCCCUCGGGUCCCGGUUACACCAUCGAACCGGGUUCGAACCUGCAGCGCGCAGAUGCAACGGGCUGUCCGGAGGCUCUUUUGCUCGUAUUUUGGUUUGCUGGUGAACAUGAAGAACGACUUGGCCCUCGCACACACUUUAAACACCCCUAACCGCUGUCUUGGGCGCAUGGCGUUUACUGACCUCAAACACGCAGCACGAAAAAGUGCCACAUCUCUAUUUCUGGCUGCUACUUCGUUUAUCCGGGCGAUAGAGCUGGGUGGAAAAGGCUACGCCCCUCCAGAAUCAGACCCUUUAAGGAAGCAUUUAAAGGGUUUGUCUCUGUUUGUCCAUUUCAUGGACCAGCUGGAGGAGAUCCUGGGAGAAACCCCCAACCCCAGUGUUGCUGGAGGCAGGAUGGUGUCCAACAUUAGAGCGGUUCUCUUAAAAGGUCUCAGUAGCACUGAUCUGGUGUACACCACUGUAGAAGACACUGUGAAGGAGCUCAAGGAAAGAAUCCAACAAAUCCACAACCUUCAGAAGCAGUCCGCUUGCAGCACAGGGAUCAGUCCGGCCAGGCCUCGAACGUAUGCUAUCAAUCAUGCCACUGCCUACGCAGGCAGAGAGACUGUUAAAGUCCUGAUCACGGUGUUGGAUGAAGAAGCUCUGGCACCGCCCUGCAGAAACAAAGCAGAACUGCUCACUGAUGAUCAGACCGCUCUGAACGAAGCCGAGCCUGUGUCUCUCUUCAUGCUCUACAAAUCUCCAGAACUUCCCACAGGACUCUCUCCAAAGCCCCUGCGCAAUCGCGUCCAGAGCCAGCAAGAACACGUUAAGUCUAAGGUAAGGGAGAGAGGCAUCCGUUCGCAGUUUGCCUGCACGUACAUGGACGACAGUCUGCCUCUAAACCGGGUGCUGGACUUUCCCAGCACGAGUCAGCUCCCGACCUGCGUCCAUCCUGCUCCUAAACGGACGAUCCCCUCAGCUGUUAACUCGCCCCCUGAGCACGAAUCCGACCCCGCAGACAAACCCAAAAAACAAGCCGAGGUAGAUCAACAGGCAACGAUUCAAGCCUUGCGUGGAUCAGGGACCAAACCAGCCCUCGAGCAACGCAGUACCAACGGCCCGAUCCGAACAGGUGUUUCAAGGAAAGGAGUGGCAGAACUCCAAACCAUCACCAAAACUUCUAAGAGGAAGCUGUCAAACAGAGAGAGUGUGGAACAAGGAGGUGAUGAGAACCAGCCGCCCCAGAAGAGACCUCCUGCCAAAGCCUGUAGCUCAGGGCCAGGGAAGAAGAGCGGCAACAUGGCUAGAAAGAAGCUCAUUGCAGGUCAGGGCAAGCUUACAAGCUUUUUCCGGCUAUGAUUUAAAGCUUAUACACGAUGCUUCAUCGUGACAUCUCGUGUCCUCUGUAAUCAUGUCCUUCAUCUGAAUAAGUGAAGAGUAUGAAGCAUGAAUGUGUGAAAGACUUCUUGAUUAAACCCCUUUAUGAGGUUCAGUAAUUUAUCAAUGCACUCAAAACCUUGAUGUGGGCAUCAGUCACUGCACAAUGGUAUCACAUUGUUCUC